UCUGUCAAAUAUGAGUUAUCAAAUUCAACUGUCAAUUGUGAUCAGAAAUACUUUUACGAUUAAAAAUAUUCGUUUACAACUAUUUUUGUUGCUUAACCAAACUGUUAACAUUAUUUUUCCUCUACCAAGUUUAUAAUUAAUCAUUCAAAAUUUCACUUUUAAGAGAAUUAUUGAGACGAAUAAUGCAGGACAAUGUGGCUUCCGACGGGGAAGAAGAGAGAAAUGGUGAAGGUAAUGGCGAAUCUGAAGAGGAGCAAUUUGAUAUUUCACUUGCAGCCUCACAUUCGUACAUGGGAAACAGCCUGGUAGCAGUGAGCGGUCGCUCAGUGUUGGAGGCGGGUUGGGUGGGCCGAGUUCCGGUGGCAGCACACCAUGGCACAGUAUUCCCUGGCGAAACGGUGCCCAUGCUCCUCACCCAUCCCCACGACGCCGCCAUCAUCACGCGUGCCAUCAAGCAUAACAAGCUAUUUGGCCUGCUCUGUCCUGAUGAAACUGGCAGCCUGGUGUCCGGGUACGGCGUCUUGUGCGAGGUGUUCGAGGCGGGAGUGGGUGCCGACGACGAGCCCCCGCGCACGCUCUCUUUUAAGGCACGCGCCACUCAUCGCUUCCGCUGCCUCCACAUGCCCAAGCAUUCGGUGCCCAUACACAUGUACUCCAGGAUGCGUGCCGUUGACGUGCGCGUGCUACCCGAAGUCCGACUCGGGGAGCCCCUGAGACACGCGCGACUCGCCAGCCUCGACACCCUAAGGCGGUCAACGUCGGACUGUCGCCUACGCUGUAUGGAUGCAGCCGUGACGCCGUGGCCGCUGUUCGUGUACGACAUUUUCGACUACCGCCGCAUGAGACGGAUCAUCGAGGACUACUUCAGGACCAUGUCGCUAGGUCAGUACAGCUCUCGACGGCAGCUCCUCUCUGCCGCUCCAUACAAGCGUUACGCUCUGUUUCGUUUCAGAGAACCUGCCGGAGGAGGCGGUGUCUCUAUCGUUCUGGACGGCGUCCAACUUGGCGCUGUCGGCGCGCGACCGCCUGGCCCUGUUCGUGGUGGACGACGCUCUACUCCGCCUGCACAUGGAGGUGCGACUCAUCACCAGGAAGAGCGUGUUGUGCUGCGCAUCGUGCGCGACGGUGGUGGCUCGGCGGGAGGACAUCUUCGCCAUGUCGAGCGAGGGCGUGCAUGCCAACUACAGCAACCCGGGCGGCUACAUGCACGACAUAGUGACGGUGUCCCGCGCCUCCAACACGGCCCCCGGCGGCGCGCCUUCCUCCGAGUUCUCGUGGUUCCCGGGCUACUCGUGGACGGUGGCGCUGUGCUCCUCGUGCACCUCGCACGUGGGCUGGAGGUUCGACGCGCGGCGCCGGACCCUCCGGCCGCAGCACUUCUACGGCCUGUGUCGCAACUUCGUGCGGCCGCGGUGCGACGGAGACUCCUCGCCCGCCUCGUCCCCCACACCCUCGGCCUCCCCGCCCGCCGCCGAGCCGGAGGACGAGUCGCUCCGAGACUCGUGAACGAUCAUCGGCAGGUUGCUAGACGAUCUCUCGAGGAACGGCGUCCCGGAUGACCUCGUUUUUUACGCUUUAUUGUGAAAUUGUGAAAGUACCGCGGCUCAGACCAUACAAUGUGAUGACGGCGGGAUGUGGCGGGUCCACGGCGAGCGCGAGCUGAAUACGAUACGGAGGUGAAGAACAGUUUUAUACGGUCGGUACAAAUUGGGGUACGGACGAAAGAUAUACUUAGAGGUCUACAUUAACUGUAAUAAAAGGAAUCAAAAUAUCCCUACACCUAGAGGUUUUAAUAUUAUGAUUUGUAAAUAUUCAUCUGCUGGCGAUCUUCUUGUUGAGUGAAUUCUGACGAAACAUUUUAUAGUUAGUCGCGAAAAAUCUAUGUUUGAAUGUGACGCACACUACCUGUGCACUACCUAUAUCUAUAUAUUUUAUUUUAAGUUUAACUUUCUAUAUAUUUUAUUUGUAAGUCGACUUUGUAUUUAAAACACUAUGUAGCGAGUUGUUUUUAAACAGUAAUCUAAGUGUGGAGGAUGAGUCGCUACCAAAAAAUGUAUAUCCUGAAAAAAAUAAGACGUCGUCACAAAAUGUAGGGUAGGAGGGAGGAGACGCCGCCGACGACUGUUACUGAUAUAGAUUUUUUCUUUACCAGAGGAGAAAUCGGUAGAUGUAAAAUGAAAUAAUUUCUAAAUACGUAGUUUGAAUUAUUGUUCAUAUUUCACAAAUUGUUGGAGUUCAGACUCCGGUGCGGUGCUACUAGAACAUAAAUCUUUUUCUUGUCUCCUCUGUAUUAGUUGCGUUCUCUUUAUUUCCAAUCGCUUUGUGAAACAAAAAGUCAUUAUUUGUUUGUCGAAGUCGGAUAUUGACCCACGGACGCGCCCGCACCAACACACACAGAUAUUAUUGUUAAGAAAAUUCACAUUAGGAUUAUAUAAAACUUGUUUCACAUGAAUCUACCACCAUCGUUCCUAGAUGGCGCCACGGCACGUCGGCUGCAUGCCGAAACAAUAUGAAUGUUAUGAAAUGACAUAUUUUAUUAUUAUUCUAUUGGCAGCUUGAAAUAAAAUAAUUGUGAUGUCUGCGCUCAUAUCUUGGGUUAACUGUUUAUAUAGUAUAGUAAAUAUAUUUUCUUCUCCAAAA